CGACAGACAACGGCACUUCACAUGCUGAUGACAGGACUCAAGGACUGAGCCACGUUUGACCGACAGCUGCCACAACUCGAAAACACAAGGCAAGAAGGCUCCCUUCGCUGGUGGUGACGCAGACAGGCCUUACCCCUGACCCGUAAGGAGCAUCAGCUGGAUCCGCUGUCUCAAAGUCUGCUAUCGCCUGGAAAGAUGCUGCUCCUACUACUGGGAAUCAUCCUCCUGCACGUCGCUGCUCUGGUUCUCCUGUUUGUGUCAACAAUUGUCAGCGUAUGGACGUCAGGUGACACUAGCACCUCAGACCUCUGGAUAAACUGCUCCACUGCCAAUGGAGGAUACCACUGUGACCCAGCAUCAACUGGAGAGUGGAUUCAGGCGGUCCAGGCUCUCAUGAUCCUAUCCAUCAUCUUCAGCUGCCUCUCCCUCUUCCUCUUCUUCUGCCAGCUCUUCACUUUGCAGAAGGGUGGACGCUUCUUCCUCACUGGAACCUUCCAGAUCCUUGCCAGUUUGUUCGUGAUGAGCGGAGCCAUCAUCUACACGGUGAUGAGUCCGGAGUGGGUGCCGGAGACAAACGCUUUCGGCUACUCCUACAUCCUGGCGUGGGUGGCCUUCCCUUUGGCGCUGAUCAGCGGACUCAUCUAUGUCAUCUUGAGGAAGCGAGAAUGAGCCAUCACUCCAUCCCAGUGUUCCCAGUAACCUCAUGCCCAACUGCAAGUGUCAUCAGUUCCCCUCUGAAGUAUAAGUUCUGAUGCCUAAAGUACCAAUGGCCAAUGGAGCCACCAGGCCAAUACACCCAGGUCACACCAAAGGGGGGUAAUACCAAAAAUCAACAUGCAAAAAAACACAACAACAACCAAUACUGUCUCGUUUGAAAGUUGUAUAUAGUAUCUAUGGUUUAAAACCUAUUUAUAACACUUUUUACAUAUAUGUACAUAGUUUUUGUGUUGCUCUGUCAACAGAUACUUGUAUGAGCUUUGUUUUAGCUGAUUAAGUGCCUCAGUGUUUGUUUGUAAUGAUGAAAUAAUUAGAAGCUAUUUUGUUGUGUUUUCUUUUUUUUGUUUUUGCCUUUUUUGUGUUUUGGUAACUGCCAAAGAAUUAGUAAAAAUGAAAAAAAACUUCUUGAAGUAUAUUAACCAAAGUGCAUGUAUAGAAAUAGAAGGGUCAGGAGGAUUUUUUUUUUUUUUUUUUUUUUUUAAACGAUAGGCUUGCUUUACAAAAAAAAACAGAGUGGUAACAUCCAUGGAUGUAGCAUAGCCACGAAAGAUUUGGUCCUUUUCUAUUUUGUGGAUUUGCAAGUUUCAGUGUUUUCAUUUUCGGUAUUUUUUCUAUUUCUUAUUUUCAACAAAAAAAAGAUGGUGCUAUUAUAUUUAUCAUUCCUAUUACUGAUAGCAAUCAUUUACAACAGAGUUAUUUUGUUAUUGUUUAGAGUCAAACCGCUUGCCAUUAAUUACAGUGAGAACCAGAGAGAUGUUCCACCUGUAUAUACAGUGCCUGACUGCUUCUUUUAGGGAACACGGCCUAUUUCACAUUGCAGUGUCUGACUUUUUUUUUUUUCUUUAUCGGCUACUGUAAAAAAAAAAAAGAAAAAAGAAUAGAGCUUGGGGUGGAGCAUUGAUGAAAUUAAAAGUCAUUUGGAACAUCAGUAUUUUUCUGCAAGAGUUAGAUCACAUUGAAAUUAAUAUACAGAGGCUUCAUUUUUAGCUCUCUAGCUCUUACUUUUCCCUUGUUCUCAUGUCUGUAUUCACUUCGUGACCAUGGCUGUUAAAGCCUCAAGAAGUCAGAUUGCCUACUUAGUCAAGUACCAUAAAUAAAAAAUAACACUGUGGGACAUUAUAGUCUGAGAAAAAAAAAAGUAUAAUUCUAACAUUACUAGAAAAAAAUGCCACUGAGUUGAAGCCAUAUAAGAAAAUACCAGAUGAUAGGAAAAACAUUUAGUAUUAACUUUAUAUGUGAGAAAAAAGGAGAGAGAGGUUUGCAGUGAUGAUACAAAUGUCUGUUUCACAUACUUGAAGUUUGACAUGCUGCAGUCUCUGCCCACUGACGUUCAUGUGUUUCUCUUCUACUGUAUAAAACACUGUUUAUAUAUGUCGUGCAUAACAGAUGUUGAUGACAAUCUCGCCUAAAAAACACUCACGUACUCAAUAAAACUACUCUCGCAUUAUAUAAUACUGUGUAUUCCACUGUUACAAGGGACUGGAUUCACACUAACACUUGAUGCAUGAGGAAAUUCAAGUCGUUUUCUGGGCUGUUACGCUGUCUGCCUGUAAAACUAUGAAACACACAUUUCUGGUGCUACACAACAGCAUCAUGUGAAAAAUCUGCCAGUGAAACGGUGAUAGGACUUUACAACGGAGGCAGAUUCGGAACCAUUUGCGGUGAUGAAUCUGUUCUAACUGACAGUGGCUGCGUGCUUGUAGGCUGCUGGAUGUCAGCAACUGAAAUACAGAGUGCAGCAUGGAAAUUCUUGUUUACAGUCAAGCCAAGCAAGCCUGUCUUACAGUGUGUGCUCGUACUCUUGGUAGAUCAAAUGUGCUGCCUUGUGCAUGUGGCUGCAAAUGCUGUAUGUGACUUAUGUUACACACACUUGGAGGUAGGGGCAAAGGCACGCCGAUUGGCACCUGACGCCAGUUAUUCAAAACAUGCAGCUAGUGUUUCAUUGUCAACAUAGCAUCGGAAAUAAGAGGACUUGGCUGUGUUUUGCACACUGUAAGCAAGCGUCUGUCCUCCACUUGACAUCUCCGGCGAGAUCCUGUAGCCUUCCAAUACAGAGCUGUGUUGUGGUGGAUUAAAGCGUUUAAUUCAGAGCUUACACUAGGCUAGUCUGCUGUGGGUUUUUAGAUGAUUAUUAAUGGGUCCAGUUAGAAGAGAUUGCCUCUAAUGACAACUGCCCUCUUUACUAUUUUGUGUAAAGCUACAGAGUUCAAUUGUCUAUACCAUGUUUACACCUAAACUUCCAAAUGCUCUUGAUAUUACCAAAGCUACUUUGAGUUUAAUCAUUAAAGGAUGUUUCUUACCACCACGA